CGUACAAGUUAACUUCAAAUAUUGUAAAAUAAUAUAAAUAUUGAUAAACAAUAUAAAUAUGGAAAAGUUUACAGAAUUACCAUUUGCACCGUUUCGAAAUCUGAACGAUUUCUUAAUGGGUGCAUCUUUAUAUCAACAACCAAACUUUGGUGAUUUUGAAAAGUGGGGAAAUAGAGUAGUAAAUAAUUUACUUUACUAUCAAACAAAUUACUUUGCUAUUAUUAUUUUUAUUAUUUUGGCCAUGAUAUUUGCAUAUCCUUUGAAUAUGCUCAUAGGAUUUUCUACAGCUGCCUUUGCCUAUACGGGGUACCUUCAAAUCACUUAUAGUGAAGGUGCUGUAAAAUCUUUCAAAGUUAAACAUCCAGUCGCAACAGUUGGUUGUAUCGCAAUUGUAUCAGCAUUGGUAUUACAUUUAAUAGGAUCUUUAAUCACUUUCCUGUUUGGGAUUCUGCUGCCAUUCAGUAUUACAUUCGUGCAUGCUUCUUUUAGAAAACGCAAUACAAAAAAUAAAAUUAUGAAUAAAGUAGAAGAAAUGGGAAUUAAAAAAACACCUAUGGGAUUGAUUUUAUCGUCUUUGUCCUUGGAACCAAAAAUUUUUAGUUAAGUCUUCAUUGUGAGUUGCUUGCACAAUACAAAUUGGAAAUUUAAUAUUUUUAACUAAAUCUAGUCUUCGCAAUAAACUGUUUUAAAAAGAAUUAAAGCAAUAAAAUUGUAUUUUUUAUUAAAAUAUUG